CUCCACUUUCGCCCCCCAGUGGCCUGCAUCAUCUUUGCCCGGCGCACCGCGGCUCUUAGACUAGUAGACUAGACUACGACGGUUUAGGGUCGGAGCUGUGCCCACGGUCUGGAUCGUAGCUAUUCUGGCAUGACAUGCUCUCUACUCCGUACUAACGAGAAAGAAGGCGAGGCCCGCGCGACGGCAAGAGAUCAACGAUGUUCUAGCCGGGGUCGGUUGGGAUUUUAUUUUUUGAUUUGGAGGACUGUUGGACUUUUGACAUUUUCACCGCCUCGUUUGAUCGUUCUUUUCUUUCUUCUUUCCAUCACUGAGGCUUGGCUAAGGGGGGACGACGGUGGAAAAAAAAAAACCGCAACAAGAAAAAAAAGCAAAGACGAUGCUGCAGGUGCAGGGAGGCAAGAACCCUUUCCAGCGAACGCCCGUUCCAAUGGAUCGUAUUUACCCCUGAAUCGGGCUCCUCUCAUUUUAAACUCGCGAUCUACUCCGUACAAUGUCUACCGCAGGCCGGCUCGCGUACCCGAAGAUCCUCCCGGGCUCUCCACAAUGGCAGGUCAGACACCAUCUACGUGGUGCUCUAGUUCGCUAUCGGCUGGACCCUUGGUGGCUGACCGAUCUCGGCGCUGGCUUGGGUAGCGUGUUCCAGGUUGGGUUGAAGUGCGUUUCGCGAGAACCCUUCAAAAACGGUAGUUGCGAUAGAGUGGAGCAUGGGAUGGAGAAUGCCGACAGAAAAAUGAAUCUAGAAGAGUGGCUAUGCUAGUCGAGACCCUUGGCAGCUCUCUCGGCCUGAAGCUUCUCCGCCCGCUUC